AUGGAUGUAAAGUCAACCUUAUCUGUUAUCACAGGAAAUACUGAAGAUGCAAUGCAGCUUGCCACCUGGUUUCUGAUGUGUGCUCUUAAUAGUAUUGAAAAUUCUGUCUAUAGGACAGCCUUCAAACUACGAUCAGUGCAAACUCUGUGCCAAUUGGACUUGAUGGACAGCUCCCUGAUUCAGCAGGUCCUACUUCGUCCAAGAUUCCCAGAAGCCAGGGAGAGCUCCCUUUCUGUGCACCAACUUUUUCAGGAGCUCCAAGAAUUGUUUCAGAAAGUCAAGGCUGGAAAACCAGGUCAGGUGCAUCCCAGAGCUCCAGAACUCACUCUGAGCCUUCUCAUGACGAUGUAUGACAGCACAGGAUCGGGGUUUCUGAAGCUUCUCCCUGUGACCGCUGCCCUCAUUGCCCUCUGUGGGGACAGCCCUCUUACAAAAUACAGAGCUCUUUUUCAAUUGUAUGCACAAAAUAAGAAGAGAGGCUAUGAUUCCGGGGCACGCAUGACUCGAAGGAUUUUGAGAAACCUACUAACAGAUGUACAGCAGAUCCCCACUGUGGUGGGAGAGCGCCACACUCUGUGCUCAGUGGACAGUGCCAUCCACAGCUGUUUCCGAGGGGUGCUCAGCCCAGGAAUCAAGGAGGAGAAAUUCCUAUCUUGGAUGCAAUCGGAGCCUCUUAUCCUCCUGUGGCUUCCCACCUGCCACCGACUUUCAGCCACGGAGCAGGCCACGCACCCAGCCCGGUGCAGUGUCUGCAGGGCCUUCCCCAUCACGGGGCUGAGAUACCGCUGCCGAAAGUGCCUCCACUUUGACAUCUGCCAAGUGUGUUUCUUAUCUGGUCUUCACAGCAAGUCCCACCAGAAGCCACAUCCUGUCAUUGAACAUCGUGUCCAGAUGUCCACAAAGGAGAACACAAAACUCCUCCUCAAGACUCUCAGAAACAGUCUGGUCCAGGGGCAUUGCUGGAGAACAGAAGCUCCAGGAAGACAAUGGCUGUUGGACCGGGUGACACCGAAGGACGUGGCUAACCACACACAAGCCAAACUUCUUCAAAAACAAUUAAAGCGGUACAAGGACAAGUUGAGAGCAAUAUACACUUUGCAGGAAGAAAGAAAUUGCAGAAUUGAAACAAAGAUUCAUGAACUCAAAACCAACCAAGACAGUCUAAGGACCACGCUUCAGCAGAUGGAGCAGGAGCUACAGGCCAUAUUACUACCACACCACCCCUCGUCCUCCUGUCAAAACAUUGUGUGCAAAGCCAGCCAUUCUUCAUCUAAUAGGAUUUGGAAGGGAGGAGAACCUCCCCAGAUGAAGAAUGCCUCUGAACGCAGUCCAGAAUGGGAACCGGUUCUGAACUCUGCGGUGAUUGACGAAAGUCACAGAAGUCAAGCACAUGCAGAGUCGUCUCUGUCACAUACAGAACCACCGAAGAACACCAUGCAAAGCACCGAGGCACACAGCCACCCACAAAAGAUGCCAAAGGAAAUCCCAAGCUUUCUGUCUAGUUGUCAGAAGGAAAGGCUGCAAAUUCCCCCUGCUGAAAUGAGCACAGCUGCCCUGGCACCUGAAGAAAGGAAAGAGAUAGUUAGCAUCCGAGAGAGGGAGAAUGAACAAGAUGGGGAAGAACUGCAAGACCUAUUGUCAAAGCUCCUGGAGGCCUUCAAUCCUGAAACGAUGCCAGGGCCACAGUCCUCAGUGAAUACGGACCUAUACAAUAGAGCUGAGCGGGUGUGCCGGGCCUUCUCGGCUUUUGUGGAUCACAUCACCUUGCCCAACUUGAAGUGA